GGCUGUCUGUGCGCUUCAGACGGUCGUGGGGGAGACUACCACCAACACUCAGCGUCUCCUCGAGUGCUUAGAGGGAAAAAAAGACAGAAGAGACACGGGGAUAACUGGGAGAAAAGAAAGCCAAACAGCCCCACCUCGGCAUCUGGAAAAGCACCGAAGAGGAAGGGGACGAUCCUCCCCUUCUACCCCACACCCCGUCGCCAACCCGCCCUACCUACCCUACCCACCACUUCGUGCCAUCCCUCUGGUCUGAACUGCCCUCCCACCUCCCCCCUAGGAGAACCACGACCACCCAUAGGAAACCCCCACUUGACCAGCGUUGCCAUUAAGCGAUGCGCUCUGAAUUUAGGAAGAAAUCACCUAUGCGCUUUUGAUGCACAGUACAACCAGUGGUCUUCAUUUUUCCACAGCGGGAACAGUUAAGGCUACGGAUUUGGGUGUUUACACUUUUUUUGACGGGUUUCCAGUGGUAUGAUAACAUGCAUUAUAUAUCAUCCAACGGCAACAGACAAGGCUGUCAUUCCUUCGAUUAGUCUUUAUUUAAACAACCAGCUGUCACAUACGCUGCAUUUGAGCUGAUGUUUGAUUUGUCCAUGCUUAGAAAUAAUACUGAUAAUGGUCUGGGAACGGACCGCCUCUCUAGACACCUAGUGAUAUUUUCUCAAGACGUGUCAGCUCUAUAUUUCGUUUUUAUCGAAGAAAAAGCGACAAAUUGACGAGGAGUCUUUUGACACCGACGGCGCUUGAACCAAAGGACUUUGCGUGGUGAAGUUUGCACCGGGAAGAGGGUUGACCAAGUCGGAGAUAUCUCGGCCAUAUCCACGGCAUUUUCCCUGUAAGGUGGGAGGUCGGCGGGUUGCGGACAUGCUGUCCCUGGACGAGCCCCUGGACCUGAAGCUCCCUCGAAGGGCUAAUGGGCGGGACAGAGGGCCACGCUCACCCUCCCUAUCUCCACUGCACCCCAAGCGAGCUCGCCAGCUCCGCAUGGCAGACGAUGGCACCGCAGUCAUUGAGCCUGCCUCGCCAGCAUCUCCACACACAGGUAUGCAGGUGGUCCCUCAUGACCGAACAGAAACUCCCACCCCCCCUGCAGUGGACCUGAGCUUGUCUCCCUCCUCCCGCCACACCCCCAGCUCUCCGGAAAUGACCAAUGGCAACUAUGUCCACUCAGGAAAUUCUCACAUCUCACAGGCCUUUCAGUUCUUUGUGCCAAUCGGAGCUGGGGCAGGACUUCACCUGCCAUCCUCUAUGUUCCUUAGCCAGACCAGUGACAAGAGGGCCUCUCCUGACUUCUCAGCAGAUGAACAACUGGCCUGCCGCUGGAAGAAGUGCCAUCUGCUCUUUGACUCCCUCCAAGACUUGGUAGAUCAUGUCAAUGACUUCCAUGUCAAGCCUGAGAAGGAUUCUGGUUACUGCUGCCACUGGGAGGGCUGCGCUCGCAAAGGGAGGGGCUUCAAUGCUAGGUACAAGAUGCUCAUCCACAUCCGCACUCACACUAAUGAGAAGCCCCACCGCUGUCCCACAUGCAACAAGAGCUUCUCACGGCUGGAGAACCUCAAAAUACACAACCGCUCACACACAGGUGAAAAGCCCUACAUUUGUCCAUAUGAGGGUUGCAACAAGCGUUACUCCAACUCAAGUGACCGUUUCAAGCAUACACGCACACACUAUGUCGACAAGCCCUACUACUGCAAGAUGGUGGGCUGCCUGAAGCGCUACACAGACCCCAGCUCCCUUCGCAAGCAUAUCAAGGCCCAUGGUCACUUUGUGGCUCAGGAGCAUGGCUCCCCGGGUGGGGUGGGCUCCAUGCUGAAGGGGAGUCAAAGCGGAGUGCUUGCUAGUGGAGGGGGGAAGGAUUCGGAAUUGUCCUAUGUGAGUGGAGCCCACAUUAUCAUCCCAGGGGCAGCGGCUGCUCUCCUGGGAAGCCAUGCUCUGCAGGGCCUGGGUGGCUCCCUGCCCUUGUCCCCGCUCAGUCCUCGACCCCUGGACCUCAGCACACUGGGUUGCCCCGGUUCACCUCCAGGCAGCUUAGGAGGCACAUCCAUCCUGUCCUUCAAUGGCUCCCCGCUGGGCCUCGCUAAGUCCCCUCUGCUCUCCCCGGCGUUCCCCUCCUCGGCCCUGGGCCUGCCAAUGGUGUCUGUGCUAGGGCAUGCAUCUGAGCGCAGGGCCCCAAGUCAGCAGGCCAAGAGGGGCCGGGGGGAGGAAGGUGAGAAUGAGGUGACUGGGGGGGUCCUGAACCUUUCCACAGGGGGGUCUCAUGAUCCCCUGUCCUGGGUGGUCAUCCCCCCAGGCACUGUGGUGCUCAAGCCAGCUGUGGUUAACUGAUACACACACACACACACACACACACACACACACACACACACACACACACACACACACACACACACACACACACACACACACAUUCCAGAAGAGCUCAGGGGGUCGGGAUGGGAGGGUGAACGCCAUAGUGAGGGUACGGACAGUCAAAGGUGAUAGGGGAUUGGCUCGCACAAUCAAAUCCACGCAAUGCAUUUCAUAGAGCGGGAGGGAAAAAAAGAAAACAAUAGUGAAACUCAGUCAAAUAAACAAUAGAUAACACUACACCUCACAAGAAUUAAGAAUACAACGCAAGCCUCUUUUAUUGUUGGGAAACUAAGGGGCCCAAGAACUGUUCAGGAACAUUUGUGGCUCUGUAUUUCUAUCACAAGGCCCGACAGUGGGCUUCUUGUUGCUUAUUUUAUACUUUAUUCAUUCCUGUUUGCUGGUUCUGUGGACAAGAGUCCAUGAACGUGACAGUCUUAGUGCUCUGUGUUCUCACAAAAGUCCUGAUUCAUCAAAGUAUUUAUAUAUGACUAUACUUAAUCGACAGUGUGCCUGCAGCUUAGCAGUGAGAUAGAUACACCAUGAAACUGAAUGACGCACUCUCAGUUAGGCAAAUGUGCACGUGAUAAGACAAUUCUCCACAAUUAAUUUCAAAGUUAUGACCUAUUUUUCACAAACUGUGAUUAAUAUGAUUCAGACAAGCUUGCCAUACCAAAGCAAGUGAAUUCAAACUGUCUUGGAUUGUGUGUUGUGCUGAAGAUGGCCACAGGAGCCAGCUUCAGGUCUGAGACAGCUAAAUUAAACAUAGCACUUAAUAGUGUCAAAUGGUUAUAGUGUCGAAACCUCAAAACUGCUGCUAACCUCUCGGCUCCCCUGGUAUAACAUAAACUGGGAGAGAGCACUUUUGACAAUCUGUCCCCAAUUUGGGGAGGGUGACAAACACGGACCAGCCUAGUCCACUCGAAUGUGUGCCAGGCAUUCAGACUAGGGGCUUUUAGGGCACAGAGCAAUCUGAUGACAAAUGGUGUAACAUCACCUGACAAUGACCAAUCAUCACUUCCUCUUUUACAUAAGUGAAAUUUAAGGCACUUGUGUGUCUGGCUCCCCCCACUGGUUGGACAAGAUACACAACAUCCCGCUUGCCAUUUACAGAACUCGCACUGUUUUGCUCCUGGAUUGUCCAGCUGCUUUCCCGUAAUUGAAUCAACACGGCCAGUUUGUGUAUGAAAGGGCCACUGUGGUGAUAAACACUAGUGUCUUGUACUUUGAAAAGUGACCCGACCCAAAACCAGCUGUGAAAAACAGGUGGUCAUCCAUUCAAAGCCCAACAUAGCUCUGUUGGUUGAAGUUUUGUCCCAAGUUCAACAAGUCCCACGCUGUGCCAAAAAUACCUAGUGAGGAAAAAGAGGGAUGUACGUAUCAUGCCACAGAGGGGGGUGUGAUGCACUCAAUGCCACAUACAGCUGGACUGUCUAGGAAGCCACACUAUUGCAAACUGCCUCAUUUUAUUCUGUCCAAAGGGGCAAAAAACAAAAAAAAAGGAAAGGAAAAAAAAGACUCCUUUGACUUCUGGGAAAACUUUUUUCAUGGUUUGAUUACGCAGUCAUCAUGCACUUACCACACACUAUAUUUCUUACAUGUUUUAUGAAAUGUUACUGCCAAUCCAUGGUUCUUUAAAACGUAUCUCAUUUUGGCUCAGGCCUGCAAGAGUCAAUUUCGCUGUGGGGUCCUUCUGGGCUUAACUGCUAGUUUGUUAAUGCAUGUAUGAUGUUGAUUGCCGUGUCUAACAGGAGAGGUAGAGGAGCAGGAGAUGAUCAUUACAACACAAGGAACAUUCCCUCAAGAGACUAAUGCUCACACAAUCCUCCUCUCUUUAUCUCCUCCAUCUCUCCUCUUCCCAUCUGCUUUGCUGGUGGUCUUACUUUUCCAUCGCCCAGUCUUAGAAAUAAUCAGUUAUUGCUGUUUUAUAUUUGUGUCAUUGUUUUUUUCAUUUUGUUUUGUUCUUUUGCUGUUGUUCAGACGAGACAUUUUUCCUGAUGUUGAA